GCUCAAUUACACAAAGUAUCCUGAACUUUCACAAUCGCUGAAAAGAAAAAUCUCCUACAUCCACCCCAACCACCCUUUCUCCGCCCUCAGCCUUGGGGAAUAAUUCUUCGCAUCCGCUAGGUACGUAUGUUCCCAUCUUUUGUUACUAGGAGAGAAGAUUGAUCUGACCAUUUUGGUAGUAUGCCAACCUCAACCCCCGCAUCCGACCCCGCUACCGAAGCCACUGCACCCACAAAGUCUGGUAUUACCCUCACGCCUGAUGGGCAGCGAGUUAUACCGUCUUCUGUACGCCCAGAUGGCUCCACCAGGCGUGAGAUUCGUGUGCGACCGGGUUACCGUCCGCCGGAGGAUGUCGAAAUUUAUAAGAAUAGGACGGCAGAAGCUUGGAAGAACCGCGGCAGUGGGGGUGUGCCUGGCGCUUCGUCCCCAAGCGACGACGAUAAGCCGCCGGUUGGAACCUCUACUGCAAACAAGAAUGCAAAGAGAAAAGCCGCCAGGAAGAGGGCUAAAGAGAAGAUGGCAGGCGGACAACCAGAAACGGGUGGAGGGGUAGCUGGAUCCGGCGAGAAGGCGAACGGGUCCCAGGAAGAUGAUCUACCUUCUACAGCUCCUACCGUCGGAGAUCCGAAUCUCGAGCAGACAAAGACCCAGCAAACUCCCGACGAAAGAGAGAAGCUAGCUAAGUCGAUUAGAAAAAAAAUUCGCCAGGCAAAUGAGCUCAAAAUUCGGAAGGAAGUUGGGGAAAGCCUGCUUCCAGAACAGCUGGAGAAGGUCAUAAAGCUUCAAGAGCUCACAAGGCAGCUCAGCGCUUUGGGCUUUGAUCAGUGAGGGGCGCGAAUAGCGGGGGUGUUGGCGGUGAUGUUUGGUUGGUCUUGGUAUCGUUUCCUGAAUGUCUUCAAUUUGGGUAGUGGCCAUGGCAACAAAUGUUGGUUUCCAGCGUCUCACAGUAUUCACAUGGCCAGUAUCAUCAAUGCCCCCGAUAGAACCCCCGCUUCGCAUUUAAAUCAUGUACAGCAAUCCCCCCCCCCCUUCACCACUCUUACCUACUGAGGGUUCUUUCCUAUUGAUUGUAUUUCUAAUCACAUGUUCCUCUGUUGGUGUUUAAAUUCUGGGGGAUUUCCCAAGGUUUGUGUGGCGUACUACAAAUAUCCACGUACUCUU